CUUGUUGAUGACGUACACAUAUUGAUGACGUACACUUCAGUGAGUUAGUGCUGAAGUUCCCCUGAACUCCUGAGCAGACCGGACUAUUUCUGAAUAAAUUUAACAGAUGGCUGGAAUGUUCGCCAUUGACCUGGAGUCUGAGGACGCCAGUGAUGUUGAGGACGAAGUUUGUGAUUUCACCGUCACAGAAAUCGAGCCGGUUCAAACAGAGGAGGUGGAACUGACAAGUGCCAGCGUGAACCGAGAUAGCGAGAGGGUUGGCCCAGACUGUUUCGAGCUACUCACGGUUCUUGGAAAAGGAGGGUAUGGGAAGGUCUUCCAAGUGAGGAAGGUCCAGGGAACCCAGACAGGCAAAAUAUUUGCCAUGAAAGUCUUAAAGAAGGCCAAGAUUGUAUGCAACGCAAAAGACACCGCACACACUCGUGCAGAACGUGAGAUUCUGGAGACAGUGAGGCACCCAUUUAUAGUGGAGCUGUGGUAUGCUUUUCAAACAGGAGGGAAACUUUACCUCAUUCUGGAAUGUCUCAGUGGGGGAGAGCUAUUCAUGCAGUUGGAGAAAGAGGGAAUUUUCAUGGAAGACACAGCUUGUUUUUAUCUGGGAGAAAUAACGUUGGCUCUUGGCCACCUCCACUCUAAUGGUAUCAUAUACAGAGACCUGAAACCGGAAAACAUCAUGCUGAACCAUCAAGGACACAUUAAACUCACUGAUUUUGGCUUGUGCAAGGAGUCCAUUCAUGACGGGACAGUCACGCACACCUUCUGUGGGACCAUAGAGUACAUGGCUCCAGAGAUACUCACACGCACAGGACACAACAGAGCAGUGGACUGGUGGAGUCUUGGAGCCCUUAUGUAUGACAUGAUGACUGGCUCGCCUCCUUUUACUGGAGAGAACAGGAAGAGGACCAUUGACAAGAUUCUCAAGUGCAAGCUGAAUCUGCCACCCUACCUCACUCCAGAUGCACGUGACAUGGUCAAAAAGCUGCUGAAAAAGAGCCCAUCUCAGAGGCUAGGCUCAAGCAAGGCUGACUGUGAAGAUAUUAAGAAGCAUCCUUUCUUCCGGCAUGUCAACUGGGACGAUCUAUUGAACAAGCGCCUAGAGCCACCCUACAAGCCAACCCUGCAAUCAGACGAGGACGUGAGCCAGUUUGACAGUCGCUUCACCCGCCAAACUCCAGUGGACAGCCCUGAUGACACCACUCUGAGUGGCAGUGCAGAUCAUGCUUUUUCUGGCUUUACCUAUGUGGCCCCCUCUGUGCUGGAGAGCUUGAAGGAGGGCUUCUCUUUUGAGCCCCGAGCCCGUCCUGCACGCCGCCACACCAGCAGCCCUCACACCCCUAUUAGUCCCCUGAAGUUCUCCCUAACUGAGCCCUUCAAGACCAGCUUGGACGGAGAGUCGGAGUCUCCCGUUCAGAGCCCGCCUCCACCCUUGCCCACAGACAACUGUGCCACUCAGCCAAUCAGGACGCCUGGUCGCAACAAGAAGAAGGGCCAUAGGAGAUGAAGCCGCCAAUCACUCCUCAUGACCAGGGACUCAUCUCAGGGGCCGCGUUUCCUCUCUUGUGCUGGUUUCUGCAUCGCAAUCCGCUUCCUUUCCACCCUCAAGGGUCAAGGGUCAAGAACCAAUUUCUUACUGCCAAAGCGUUUUGACACUGUCACCGAUGUGACUACCAUUUCAUGAAUGUCUCCUAAGGUAGUGCUGAUUUGUGCCUGUGACUUAUCAUGGUUCUGCACACAAUUUCAUAGUAUCCAUUACCUAAAUGAAAAACAAUCUGUCUGAAUGAACAUUUCACUAAACAGAUGACCACGGCUGAAAUUAAGGUUGUGUUUAAAGACAUUUUCAUUCUGGAAAACUACUGGUCCAUGCUGCUACUACCACUGUGAUGCUAUCAGAUUCGUGUGUAUGUGAUGCCUUUCAUUAGGUCGGAAUCUGAACCCAGUGGACAUUCUAUUAUUUCGCUGUGAGAUUUUGGAAUGAGAAGGUGGGGAAUGCAGUAUCAUAUGCUGUUGUACAUGGUGUAGUCAUAGAGGUUCUAUCCUUACAGUAUAUUAUUUAAUUUAAAAGUAUUAUUGUGAAUUUAUUAACUGAACUACAUGGGAUUUCUUGGGUGGAGAGUGUUUUAAGACAUUUUACUCUCUUUGUUUUCAGUAUCAAAUCAAUUACUUUCAUGUAUCACUAAUUUAUCUGAAAAGGGCUUUGAGGUGUGACAUGUUAAUAAAUAAAACGGAUAAGAUGAUCAUA